GAGGUCAGGGCAGCAGGAUUAAUCAGACUCUUUAUCUCUUCAUAACACACAGCUACCUCUCUAAGCUGCCCCCCACCACACUCCAAAUAUAUAUGUGCAUUGUAACUGUAUAAUUAGGCCAGAUCAAUUUAAUACAUGAAAUGGUGAUUGCACAAGGUAAAGUCAAUGCUGCAGACGUUAGGCUGGAUGUGAAGGAGUUUCACUUCCUGUAGAGUUUCUAGGUAUUUGUGGUUUGUAUGAAGGUGUUGCACACAAGAUAAUCAGUGCCUGAAGUAGGAAGUACCGAGCACUUCUGUGUCAGACUCCAUCAGAGCUGAGCUGCUUUCAGACGACUCCGUCUUGUUGUGGAUGCUGAAGCUGAUCAUGGUUCUCCUGUGGAUGAUCCUGUUGGUGUUUCUGCUCUGUGCAGAGGCCGAGAACAUGACCGAGGUCAGAGGAGAGCUGGGGACCAAUGUCACUCUAACCUGCUCCAAUCAGACAUCAGACAGAUACUGGUACAUGGAGAUCCACAGUCAGUUCAGAGCAGGUAUCGGCCGCAGUUUUUCUUCAGCAGACUCUACCUACUACUCUCCUGGUUUUGAAACCAAAUUUUCAAUUCUGGGAAACAAACUCGUGAUUAAAAACUUGACAGCAGAGGACUGCAGGCUUUACUUCUGUGGCAUCAAGAGAGGAGGCAGCACUCAGUUUGUGGAGACUUUCCAUCUUAUUUCAGAUGUAACUCAAAAACCUGUCGCACUCACUGACAGCAACCAGCAGAGUGAGCUUUUCAUCCUGAGCUCUCUGAGCCUGAACGCUGCACUCGUUCUUGUGGUGAUCUGUCUCAGUUGUGUAUCGCUGUCUCUGAAGAGGAGAAUCAGCAAGUAUCAGGCAAACCUCCCUCCAGCUGGGACCAGUGAGAGGCUGGAGGCUCCACAGAAGAAGGAGAUCCAGCCCCCGCCUCGAUCUGCUGCUCCUCCAUCAGAGGGCAUUUACUACAAACUUCACCUGCCUUGCUUCACAUUGCCUCAAAGCUGACAGACACACCUGGACAGGUGGAUGAUACCUGCUGGAUUCAGAUUUCACAACUUUUUGCCAAACCUUUUUUAAAGUGGUUCAGAACUUCAGAUGGAUAAACCAGACCCAGAGGCUGCUGUAAAAACCUGUAAAUAUGUGUACAGUUCACUUUCAUUCAUCACAUUAUAGUGAAGACAGUGUGAACGUUACAAUGAAACAUGUUGGACAAUAAAAGGCCGUGUCUGAAAAUCUUGAGAUUAAAAAAAAAAUAAAAACAAUAUAAAUUGUAAAACUACCAGAGACUGAAAAUUAAAUUUAAAAAAGUCAUAAAUAGAUCAAGUAGAGUGUGAGAUGUAGUUUUUAUUUUUUAUUUUUUUUUUUCAAUUCAAUCAAUUUAGAAGAUCAUUGCGUUGUGUUAACAAACACCUGAACGCUCCAGACCUGCAACCUGCCAACAAUGCUGCUUUUAUAGAGCUGCUCACGCUCACUGAUGAUCAGUUACUGAUGUGCACCUGGGUGCUACAAAUCCUGUUUAUUCCUAUGGAAACAGUAAGGCUGGGCUUAACAGUUGGUUUAGCUUUUGUUAAAUAAAUAAU